AUGGAGGGGGUCGCGUUGGGCACGACGGGCUGUGCGGCCGCUGCCAAGGCCGACGGAGCGGCAGCCACGCCGCCGCCGCCUCCCGGCUCCCCGCCUGCCCUCACCCCGGCGCCCGCAGCCGAGGAGGAGGGCCUGGCGCUGGUGCCUGAGGCGGGGGCUCCCGGCUGCUCGGGCGCCCGGCCCCACGCGCUGGACCUGGGGCGCAGCCUCGGCCGCUUCGAGGACGACGACGAGGAGCUGGAGGAGGAGGAGGAGGAGCUGGAGGAGGACGAGGAGGAGGAGGAGGAAGAGCUGAGCCACUUCUCGCUGAGGCUGGAGGGGGGCCGGGCGGACUCGGAGGACGAGGAGGAGCGCCUGAUUAAUCUCUCUGAGCUGACCCCCUACAUCUUGUGUUCCAUUUGCAAGGGUUACCUAAUAGAUGCAACUACCAUCACAGAAUGUCUUCAUACCUUUUGCAAAAGCUGCAUUGUAAGACACUUUUACUAUAGCAAUAGAUGUCCAAAAUGCAACAUAGUAGUACAUCAAACACAGCCUCUUUAUAACAUAAGGUUGGACCGACAGUUACAAGACAUAGUAUACAAAUUAGUGAUCAAUCUAGAGGAAAGAGAAAAAAAGCAAAUGCAUGAUUUCUAUAAAGAAAGAGGUCUAGAAGUACCUAAACCUGCCUUUCCACAGCCAGUCCCUUCAAACAAAGGACGAUCUAAAAAAGUCCUAGAGUCUGUGUUUCGUAUUCCACCUGAACUUGAUAUGUCUUUGUUACUGGAGUUCAUUGGUGCUAAUGAAGGCACAGGACAUUUUAAGCCACUGGAAAAGAAGUUUGUCCGAGUUUCAGGAGAAGCAACUAUUGGGCAUGUAGAAAAAUUCCUCAGAAGAAAAAUGGGUCUUGAUCCAGCUUGCCAGGUAGAUAUCAUCUGUGGCGAUCACCUGCUGGAACGGUAUCAGACCCUAAGGGAAAUCCGACGUGCAAUAGGUGAAGCAGCAAUGCAGGAUGGUCUGCUUGUCCUUCAUUAUGGUCUUGUGGUUUCUCCUCUGAAAAUAACUUGAAGAUUCUAGACAUAUUAAUGAGGAGAGAGAUAAAGUGAAGAGGCUUCUGCAGGACUGCAUCUCACCAAAGAUUUCCACGAAAUGUGUAAUUGCCACAACUGUGUGCUGUUCAAUGUAUAACUUACGUACUGUGUUCAACCCAAACAGUCAUGGCGUUUCUAAGCACAGUUGGAACGAUGGAAUGCACCUGUUUUACUAGGGUUAUACCUAAGAAGCAUCCAUAGCUCAGGGGAAAAUUUCAAAACAUUGAAUUUUCAAAUUCCUUUUGAUCUCAUGUUUUUGAGGUGGAUUGGUUACUGUUUUCUUCUUUUUUGAGCCGUAUCCCUUUGAAGCUGGUGGUUGGGAUUCUGCUCUCUGGGACAGUACUGGUUGGGCAGUCAUCCUUUUGGAAAACAAGUGAGAUUUUUGGCAGAAAGUUCAGAGCCAGUCUUUAUUAAACUACAGGACGUAAAAGACCAAAACUGUUGGCCAUUUUUAAAUGUUGCCGUUAUAUUUUGAAUGUAUAUCUUUUUUUUUUUUUUUUAUACCAGCAACUCUACUAAAGAAAUGUUACUCAAUUCUAAAAUGGAUAAAUUGUGGUUAUGCCCGGUGGAGAAACUCUCUACUUUAGGGUUUGUGGCACAUGCCAUAGCCUUCGGUAUAUGAAGGCUCCUUUUACAUUUCUUAAAACAAGAGGGGCUUCUUUAUGACAACGUUUUUAUUCUUUGAGUGUUAAUUUGAUGAACAUUCAUUUUAUUUGAGUACAUGGUUUGGUUGUUGUUACUUUAUAAUUAUUCUGUUUCUGAAUGUGAUAAAAAAUUUUAGGUGAAUUUGGGAAGGUCACAGAAUACUUACUGUUUCCUCAGGAAGUCAAUUUAAUAUUCAUUUACCCAUUGUUUUGUCACUGGGAUAUUUAAUAUGGGUAUUUGAAAGCUCAGUUUCAUUCAGAGACUUCAGUUUUAAACAUGUUGCCUAAAAUUAGGUUUCUAAAAGAAAGAUUUUCUAGACCCUGUUUCACAGAAAAUUUUCCAAAACUGUACAGGAAGUAUAACAAAAUCGGACAAGGAUUGGCAAUUAUUUUGUAAGGAAUUUGUGAAUUGUGUAUAAAUCUCU